ACCGCUGGGGCUCUGAGGAGAGCGGAUGGUGAGGCGGAAACGGGGAGCCGAGAACGUGUCCCCAGUGUAUGCAUUGCCCCCGAGGCCCACCCGAGCUGCCCGGCGCGCUGCAAAGGAAGGCGCUGGGAGGGUGAGAAUCGGGGUUUUGUGCGGGGACAGCCCCAGGCCUGGCAGGACCGGGGCUCGGUGGUGCGAGGUGGGAGCAGGCUGUGCCUGCUCAAACCUGGGGACGAGCACCCUGGCAGGGAUGGCACAGAUCGAGUUCCUUCUGGCUGCAGACCCCAGCCGAAGGUGCACAUGCCGAGGGAUGGGGUACCGGGGUAAAGACCCGCUGCCGGGUUCGGCUCGGGGCCAGGAGAACGCCACGCUGUCCCGGGUCGGAGCGGGAAAUGCGUGGCUGCGGUGAAUCCAGCAGGCGAGCCUGCAGCGAGCCCGGCGCCGUCGUGCGGCAUGUGCUGGGCACGUGCCACCGCCGCGCCGGCUCCGCGCCGUGCAGACACCGUGGCCACGGUGGGGUUACCGCACAUCCGCCAGCUCGGCACAGCUCCCGGAGACCGACACCGGACUCGGCAGCGCGCGGCCCCCGGUCCCGGCCGGGGAAAGGGCAGGCGCUGUGGUCGGCGCGACACUGCUCGGUGGGAAGUGACUGCACCGUGGAUCGCGGGCGGGCCCCAGCGCACAGCCGCCAGCCGCCGCCACGGCCCGGCCAGCACCGGGAACCGGCGGCCAUGGAAGGGGCGGGGCCGGCGCGCAGACCCCGCCCCCGCUGGCAUGCUCCCCGUGACGUUCCGCCCAAUCAGGAGCUGCCACACGGCAGAUCCGGAUGCGGGGGCCGGACUUCCGGCUGCGGCCCCGGCGCUCCUUCAGCUGCCGCUCCCGGCCCCGCCGCUCCCGGACGCGCCGCGCCCGCCGCUCCCGCCGCGAUGUCCGCGCCCCGGCCCCCGCAGCCGGCCCUGCCUGCCGCGCUGCUGCUGUUCCUGAUGCUCGCCCUCGGCGCUCGCGCUUCCGACGUGGUGGAGCUCAGCGAUGCCGAUUUCGAGAGUGGCCUGGCCGAGCGCCCGGGGCUGGUGCUCGUGGAGUUCUUCGCGCCCUGGUGCGGACACUGCAAGCGGCUGGCGCCGGAGUACGAGUCGGCCGCGACCCGGCUGAAGGGGAUCGUGCCUCUCGUGAAGGUUGACUGUACAGCAAACUCCAACACCUGUAACAAGUAUGGAGUCAGUGGAUAUCCCACAUUAAAGAUUUUUCGAGAUGGAGAAGAGGCAGGGACCUAUGAUGGGCCCAGAACAGCAGAUGGGAUUGUCAGCCAUCUCAAGAAACAGGCGGGACCUGCUUCGGUGGCUCUCAGUUCUGUGGCUGAGUUUGAGAAGUUCAUUGGUGAUAAAGAUGCUUCUGUCGUGGGCUUUUUUGGUGAUGCAUCUGGGGAUGCUUACUCGGAGUUCAUGAAAGCAGCCAACAGCCUCAGGGAUAACUACCGCUUUGCGCACACCACCGAGGAGCAGCUGGUGCAGAAGUACAAGGAAGAUGGAGAAGGUAUAGUCCUAUUCCGUCCUCCACGCCUGACCAACAAGUUUGAGGAGAGCUCUGUCAAGUAUCCAGAAGACAAAAUCACCAGUGCAAAGAUCAAGAAAUUCAUUCAGGAGAACAUCUUUGGCAUCUGCCCUCACAUGACUGAAGACAACAAAGACUUGAUCCAGGGCAAGGACUUGCUGGUGGCAUACUACGACGUUGACUAUGAGAAGAAUGCCAAGGGAUCCAACUACUGGCGCAACAGAGUUAUGAUGAUUGCAAAGAAGUUCUUGGAUGCUGGCCACAAACUGUCUUAUGCUGUUGCUAGUCGAAAAACCUUUGGCCACGAGCUUUCUGAGUUUGGUCUAGACAGCAGUGUGGGUGAGGCCCCCGUCGUUGCCAUCAGAACUGCCAAAGGAGAUAAAUAUGUCAUGCAAGAAGAGUUCUCCCGUGACGGAAAGGCUCUGGAGAGAUUCCUGCAAGAUUACUUUGAUGGAAACUUGAAAAAAUACCUGAAAUCAGAGCCUGUCCCUGAAAGCAAUGAUGGCCCUGUAAAGGUGGUGGUGGCUGAGAACUUUGAUGAAAUUGUUAAUGCACAAGACAAAGAUGUCCUGAUAGAGUUCUACGCACCGUGGUGCGGCCACUGCAAGAAUCUGGAGCCCAAAUACAAAGAACUGGGGGAGAAGCUCAGCAAAGAUCCCAAUAUCGUCAUUGCCAAAAUGGAUGCUACAGCCAAUGAUGUGCCUUCUCCCUAUGAAGUCCGAGGUUUCCCCACCAUCUAUUUUGCUCCAGCUGGCAAGAAGCAGAGUCCAAAGAAGUAUGAGGGGGGCAGAGAAGUGAGUGACUUCAUCAGCUACCUGAAGCGGGAGGCAACCAACACUCCCGUGCUGCAGGAGGAAGAGAAAUCCAAGAAAUCCAAGAAGAAGGUGAAGGAGGAUUUGUAAAGUACCUACUUGCCACCUUGUCAGGAUGAGCUCUGUGUGAAUUGGGGAAGCACUGGUCAGAUUGGGGCCAGUUCUGGGCUGUGGAGAGCCAGUGGCCAUGUGGGCUGAGGGGCCCCAGCUGCUGUACCUAGUAAUGUUUAAUUUCCUGCCGUCUCUUUUAGCUGCACUGUUGUGGGGCUCCCCAGGUUUGUUUCGUGGUUUGGGAGGGGGUGGGGGUACAAUUAUUUUCUAAUUUUUUUUGUACAUUUGGAGAAGUGAAACAAUAAAAUGACCCCCUUAAGACCAA